AUGAGACUUCUCAAGUGUGCCCUGUGGUGCCUCGCUUUGUUGGGCGAGGGGUUACUCAUGCGGGCGAGGCAUUUGGAUAAGUUCGCACCGAUAUUAAAGGAAGAAGGGGAGCUCUUCGUGGAGUCUCCCUACAACUGCGAGCACAGCGGAUUUAUACCUCUGCUGAGGAGGGACCCUCUAUACUUCUGCUUCUUCGUGGGGGAAGGAGAUUACUACGGGUUGGUGCUUCGGGCCUACAACUCGGAACAUCUCAAAUGGGAAACACCAACAGAGGUAUUAAUAACGAAGCAGAAGGUCGAUACGUAUACCUUUAUUGAUGACUAUAUCUCCGAGAAACUCAUUCUGAUUUAUUCUUACGAUCAGAAAAUACGACUCACUGUUUUUAAUAAGUACACAGAACCAUCCACUGACACGUACAAAAUAGGCGUUAACUAUGAGAUCGUGCAGAUGGGAAAUGUAACAUCCAGAGUGACGUACGUCUUUAAAAAUAGAAAAUCGGUCGUUGUCUGUGGUAUGAAUAGAAGCAACAACAUCCUCUGCUCCUUCUCCUUCGAUUAUGGACUAACAAUGAAGGACGAAAAUGCCAUCGAGUUUGUCUUAAAAACGAAUAUCCCUAUGGGGAGGUACAAAAUGCACGUCGAGUUUAAUCAGCAGUAUGUUUACUUCAACCUCUUCGAUGAUGUCGGGCAGGACAAUGAUUACGAGUUGCGGUGCAGCAAAGGGAGUGAGGGGGGGUAUACGUGUGAUAUUCUUUCCAAAGCACUUAAAGAGACGGAAAGCAUUCAAUAUAGAGCUGUCUUGCGCAAUCGGAUGUUUCAAUCUAUCGUUUACGAGAUGAAGGAAAAGUGUUACAUCGGUUGGUCCUUUAACUCAACUAGCAUGAACAGCGAGAUCGAGAUGCCCAUUUCGGAUUCUCCCUGCUCGCACGUUUCACUUUUUCAAAGCGGGACUUCCUUGGUGGUGGUUUACCAGAGGGGCCCUUUCGCCCCGCUGGGACCCCAGUUUUAUAAGAUCUUCGAGAACCUCCUCGAGAAGGCCGCCGGGUGCGAGUUCCGCCUGGGGGGCAGCCUAUACGUGGCCAGCACCUUCACCAACCAGCAGUGCAACAUCGACAUGGAAGGCACAGACGUAAACCCGGAGAAUGAGGACGAAAUCAUCUUCAAUGUCGUCGUGCCGACAGAGUACGAAAUGCAGGACUCCACCUGCUUUGUCUCCAACGACAUGUACAACAAUGACAGAACGACGUUGUAUUACCUGGAGAAGGAUCAAGUGGAGGAGGAGAAUCUCUCCUUCUACACCUUCCUCUUUUAUCGAUACAUAAUAGAUCACACCACUGUAAAGGGGAGCACCUGCACAUUUGUUAACGAGAAGAAGAAGGAAAAGCUUCUAGUCUCCCUAACUCUGGAAAGCUCCUACACGGAAGACACAUGCGAUAUCGGAUCAGACGACUUGUGUGACUUCAUUGUCCAGGGGAAAACCAAAAUAGUAAUCCUUUUUGAUGAAGAAGACUGGGAAGUGGAUAAUGAGCUCGUGAAAGGAUCCAGAGUCAUCUACAACGGGGUUCACAUUUCUCUCCACAACCUACUCAGCACGUCCAACAUCAACGAGCUCGUUGAAGUAAGCAAAAAUCAAGUUACCAUUUUCAUCCCUAAUACAAUCCCUAGCAAUAGAACCGCCAAAAUUGUCUUUACCAGUAAGCAGGAGGAGGGAAGGACCAAGGCUGCAUACCUGAGGCUGCAAAAAAAUAUGAACCCCAUGAAGAAAAUCUUAGGAACAAACUUCUCCUCCUCAUUUGACAUCACCUAUAAGUACUUUAAGAAUUACCAGGAAAACGUCAAGUUGUUGAUAAAUGAAUUUAGUGAGACGAGCUACAUAGGGAUGGUGUGCGAAACACAUCUGCAGAUUACGACCCCCCCAUGCACCCUCACCUUAGUGGAUCACUCCAAUAAAUCCUCUCCCAUCCAUACCGUCUUCCCGGAGAAGGUCCCCUUCCUGUACAGCUACAUAAAGAAGAAGCUACCCUAUGGGAACAACCUCUACAUAAGCGAAACCAGGUUUGUCGUCUUCAAAAAUUUUAACGCCAUCCUCGAGGGGAAAAAUAUAAAAUACCUCUACUUCAAGUGUGUAUGCAAUACAAAGAAGAGUGAAGGGACGGACAGCUACAACCAAAUGGAUUUCAUUAUCACUACGGAGAAGAUUUCCCCUGAGAUUAUUCACUCCAGAAAGGUUAUUGAGCCUCCAAAAAAUUACAAAGACGACAAUGAGGAGGAAGACAAAAGGAAGAACACGCAACCGAAGGAGAGUAAAGAACUUCACACGUUUAAGCAAUCCCAUGGGAGGCUACCACCACCAAACAAAAGGGGUUCCUCCUCAAGGCCCUAUGCGAAACACUCCGGCUUUAGUGACCCAUUUGGGAAGAAUAACUUCUACAGGAGUUGCGCUACCUGUUGGAAGUUCUCCCUGUGCGUCGUCUUCUUCGUUUUCCUCUUCUUUCUCCCUUGA